CAGGAGAGUGAGUCAGCGCAGAGAUUCACCGCCGAGGAUCUCUCCGCUCGAACACCCAGAGCGAAUCCUAGCGCGAUUCGGCAGUGUACGACCUGGCACUCAUAGUUUCGCUAAGGACGGUUCCGCGGAUAAAUCGGUGACAGCGAAAUAGACGAUGGGAACCCCCUGCUCAAUCUGGAAGUGAUUCCUCAAGACGAGUUUCACCGUCAGGAGAACAUUCACAAAUAUUUGUGAAUGGAGAAACUACCGCCAGAGCUGCUCGAAAUUAUCCUCCGAAACCUCAGAGGCCCGGACCGCGUCAGCUGUGCCCUGGUAUGCCGCCGAUGGGCUGGAAUUCUCUGUUCAUCGCAUCUACUAGCAGACAUCUCCCUAGUCCUGCGCGAUUCCGACCUAGACAGGGCCGCGCCAACUCUACGCGAAAGCUAUCGUCGGUACUCGAGUCUGAAAAUUCACGAUGAUCUUGAAUUUGGAGGCACCCUGUUCGACUUCGACGCUGAGUUUUGGACAUGGAUCUCCGAAGCCCUUCGUGAUUUGCAUCUGGUUAACUGUGAUCUCUCAGCUGCGGUCUUCUACUCGAUACUUCUCGAAUGCAAGACGCUUGAAUUCCUCGAACUCACAGGGUGUCCGAGCUUGAUGAUGUCCGACGCUCUACUGCGACCUCCCGAAGGAAUACGCGUCGCGGAAGUUCAACAUUCCCUACGCAACGUCCGGCGGCUGUCCCUACGGAAGAAUCGAUUCCUGACAGAUGCGUCAUUCAACCAAAUGCUCACUCUGAUGCCUGGGAUCACGUCACUCUGUCUGGCUGGUUGUUCGAACCUUCAGUUCCACCCAGGAAUAUUUCGGAGAUUCCACACCGGCACCAACGAAUUCAGUUCUUCUGUGCUCACUUUCCAGAAUGUGCUCGCCUGCAUGAUGAGAUCACAGAAACGAUUCAUCGAUCUGGACUUCAGCGGCACCCUGAUGAACGCCAAAGCUCUGAUUCAGAUUGUAGAGCUGUACGGAGAAAGUUUGUUGAAUUUACGCCUUGAAAGAUGUGAUCAGCUCACAACGAGAGCUUACGAAGCAAUCGGCGAAUGCAGGAAAUUGCGACUCUUGUCGCUUCAUGAAACCUGUCAAACGAAUGAUAGUCAUUUAGACUCGAUUCUGGGCAACACUCCCGACCUUGAGCAUCUGGACCUUGGCCGCUGUCGACAGAUCAAGGGUCCGACGGUCGAACGUAUAAGUCAACUCAAGAAGCUGCGACACCUGAAUUUAUUCUUCUGUCAAUCAAUGCCUGUUGCCUUGAUGGGGAGCCUGGGAGACUUGACAAAACUGCAGUAUCUAGAUCUGAGCUACACGUAUUGUGACGUCGGAGCUUUCCGCCAAUUCGCGUCUCUAGAAGAGCUCCGGGUCCUCAAGCUUGCCAAUUGCCCGGAGCUCGACACUGAAUGUUUUGUGAUGAUACCUGAAAGAUUCAAGAAACUCGAAGAACUCGACCUUGAGUAUUGUGUGAAUCUCAGCGACGACGCCGCUGAGAGGUUCCAUCUGUUGGAGAAACUGUACAUCUUGAAAGUCACGGGUGCACCCGGAAUCACUGACCGCUCCCUAGAGAACGGAAUCGGCUCCUCGGACAUGAAGGUUUUGAACAUGGCGCUCUGUAGCCUCACCGAUGGCGCAUUAAUCAAAAUAGCAACUCAUCAUGUUUGUUUGGAGUACCUCGAUCUUUCAAAUUGUCCUCGAAUCACGGACGUUGGGCUGAUCUCUGCGGUUCAGUGUUUGCCACGUUUGCGCAGUCUGUUGCUCAGACAUUGUCGUUCCUUAACCGAUCGGACUCUGGAGGCGCUCAAAGAAAACUGCCCGCAACUCCGCAGACUAGAAGUGGACCACUGCUCCAUGACCAACGACGCCAUUGAUCUACUAGCUCACCUGAGACCGACGGUUGAUAUAAAUUAAAGAAGAAUUUGAGACAGAGUCUACGCUUCUGAGUCCGUGCCUUCGCCCGGAAACUCUUGACGCCGGAACUCUCCUCCCUUCUUCGAUCCGUCCCGAAAAGCAACAUCACGGCGGAGGAUGCUUUCGCAUAUGAGUGGAAAAAUGAGUGAACUGCGCUUCCGACAGGGGUCGAGCCCAUCAACUCGGCGAAUCUUAUCCCCCCCUCCUGAAGACGUUUCUUACC